CAUUGCAUCUACGUAUCAAGCUCCUGUCUGUUACCCUCGCUAAGUCCAGAGGGUCAGGCUCAGAACUUCUAAUGAAAUUUGAGGCCUAUGAUCUGAGAGGCGCUCUCAUUGCUGGAGAUAAAAAUAAGGAGGUACUUGUUCGUGAUAUAUGGGUUUUUGAGAAAUCUCUCUUCCACCCGGGAGCAUAUUGGCGUCUUUGUGGACGACUUGUAGUCAGUCUAUCCCUGAUCCGCUCAGGAUACGAAAAUGCCAUUGUUGGUCCUGAGAAUGGGCAGCUGUCAGAUGAGGCAAAUGACGGGACUGCCUUGGGAAAUAUCAUGCCAGAAGAUAGGUUGAAUAGCAUAUCAGAUAAGGAAUCUGAACAGAGGCAUGAACAAAAUAGCCCCAUAACCUUUGAACAACCUCUUGUAUUUUCAAUGAGAGAAUCAAUCUUUGAGUCUCCUUUGAGAAUCCUCCCCCUUCAUUCGUUGAAAAGAGAAAGCUUGAACCUGAAAUCAACUGAUCCAGAUGAGAGAAUUAUGAGCAGGAAAGAAGAUGAAUAUCCAGCCAGAAAACCAAGCAUGAAGGAAGAGCAAAUGUUGCAUAGAUGGAAGAUCAAGAGCCAUGAUUGGAAGAUGAAUAUCUAG